GCGGCGCCUUGGGUCGGUUUAGGCUGGGCUAAAAUUACCGUCGGCACGUGCGCUGUUCGAUGGCUGGUGAACCAACGUCCGAAAUCAUCGUGUCUCGCUCCUGACCUGCAAAGAUAUUCUCAACGCGACUUAUUCACCACACACUACACACGUCGUCAGAGCACCUGACGACUCCAGCAAACACUCCGACACAUUUCCGCUACCGUCGAUGGGCUACUCCGCUCCUCCCGCUACCACGUUCUCUGUCUUCUCCGGCGCAAUCGUCGCAGUUCUUCCAGGCGGCGUUGCAGGACUCUCGCGCACUGAUUCCAGCUUUGCGGCGCUGGACUGGCUAGGUGUACGAGGCCCAGUGUAAGGGUACUCCUGAAGCUGGGCGAAAAGGACGAAGAGGCUCGGUGAAGAGCCCGAACAAAACUCGAAAGUGCCGUAGACGAUUAGGCAAACAAUAGUCACCGCCGACUGCCAUAUGCAAUCUGCAUAAACGGAGUCUACAUAGGACCGCUGCGAAAGCUGUCGAUCGGUCGCUGAGAGGGGCCUUCUGAAUACACGACUGCUCUGCAUACCACGCGCCGAACCUGGAUUGUAAAAAUGCCAGCCAUGGACAUUGAGCCCAGCUAUGCCGAUCUGGGCAUUCAACGCUCUCCUCCUAUGCCAAUCGGCACUCCGCGCAUGACAGCUCGAGACUUGCCAGUCGAACAGAGCCUCCCCGUCCCGAAACUCGAUCAUGAGGCCCUUCGGAAGAAGGCUAAGAAGCAGCGCCAAAAGGCGAAGAAGAGAGGCAUGCUGCCAGCAGCACCAGCAGUCAACGUGAUCAAAGGUUUCGAGACUCCAGUGACUACCGAUGGCGAGGAAUCAGACUUCUCGAGGGCCACCACGCCUCGUAUUGGUGCACUGAGCCCUGCGCUGCGCCCGGCAACUCCCCAGGGCGGUAUCAGUUGUCUUCGCGAGCGUCUCGACGCACUCAACCUGGACAGCAGGAGACCAAGUCUGGCUCGUGUCAUGUCAAAUGCUUCGAUGACAACUGCCACGGCCUCAUCGGCCGGUAGCGACGGCGACAGGACCGAGAUGGAGACAUACGAUGUUCCCCUCGACAAUGACUUCAUCAGCCCACUUGCCGGCUCCCAAACUCCGAUAUUUGCAUCGCAGGCUAUUGAGGGUGGUUUGAGGACUGACUCCAUUCAUCGCAAGAUGCAUGCUGAGGACUUCGAGCCUGUGCGAUGUCUUGGCAAGGGUGCUUUCGGUACUGUCCAUCUGGUCAAGCAGCAAUGCACAGGCAAGCUGUACGCUCAGAAGCAGUUUAAGAAGGCUAGUCUUACGGUCCAUAAGCGUCUCAUCGAGCAAACCCGCACCGAGCGCAACAUUCUGGAGUCUGUCAACCGCCACCCAUUCGUGGUGAAGUUGUACUAUGCUUUCCAGGACCAGGAGAAGCUUUACCUGAUCCUCGAAUACGCUCAGGGCGGCGAGCUUUUCACGCACCUGGCAAUGGAAGGCAUGUUCACCGCAGAUACAGCAGCAUUCUACAUGGCAGAGAUGGUCCUCGCUCUUGAGCACCUGCACCAAAAUGUUCGCGUCAUCUACCGCGAUCUCAAGCCAGAGAACUGCCUGCUCGAUUCGGAAGGCCAUCUGCUCCUUACUGAUUUCGGUCUUUCGAAAGUCUCUGCCGAAGAAGACGAGCGCGCGAACAGCAUCCUCGGCACGAUCGACUACAUGGCGCCGGAGGUCAUCGAGGGCAAGCCCUACGACUUUUCGGUCGAUUGGUGGGGUCUUGGUGCAAUAGGAUGCGAUCUACUUACUGGCCAGCCCCCAUUCGGUGGUAACAACCACGCCAAGAUCCAGCAGAAUAUCCUCAAGCAGAAGCUGCAGCUUCCAUACUAUCUUGGUCCUGAUGCGAAGGAUAUUCUGACUCGGCUGCUACGAAAGGAACCACACAAGCGCCUUGGUGGCACGACCGUGAAGGGCAUUAAAGAGUUGAAAGCGCAUCGCUUCUUCAAAAAGAUUGAUUGGAAGAAGCUCGAGCGUCGCGAAAUGGAGCCUCCUAUUCAGCCCGUCAUCACCGAUCCUGAGCUCGCGGAGAACUUUGCAGCCGAUUUCACAGACUUGCCUCUCAGUCCUGUCGUGUCUCGCAACCAGAGAUUCGAGGAUAUGGCCAAUGAUUCGUACAUUGCCGCUGAGAACGACCCCUUUGGCGGGUUCAGCUUCGUGGCGAGCAAGAGUCUUCUUGAGGACGAUUUCAUGCUCGAGGGUUGACUAUAUGGAGGAACCUCAUCGACGGACAGUGGUGUACAUAUAGUACAGCAACUAAUAUCAUGUUCACACUUAACG